AAUCAAGUAGGCAGUAAUAAACAAACCGCUGAACGAAAAAGACCUUGCAUAACCGUAUUAAUAAAAAAUGUUAUAAACCGAAAAUCAGAAAUAAUGUCUACCUUAGAGCUUGUCUUACAAAUUCUCCUGCUGGGCGUUGUGCUAGUUUCUGGACAUUUUCGCUAUCACAGGGCAGUGAAAUAUUCCCCGGAACUGAUAAGCGAGUUACGAGACUUUGAGAAACUGAUACCAAGUGUCACCAUCGAUGAAAUCGUUGCCGAGCACAUGAUUACGGAUUCCGGCUUUCGCAAAGCAGUAAAAUUUUUGCGCAGCUCCGAUUUCAAGAGGUUUCAACAGCACAUAGAGUCUUUGCCCGAAGUUGUGGAUCUGAUUAAUUUUGUGCACCUCAAUGACACGAAUUUGGGAAAGAGGCGAAGUCAUUGGUAUCAUCACAAACAUCAUCAUUAUUAUAAAAGUCACGACUACAGCAACCGACAUCGUCGAUCGGUUGGUAAUUCAAUCAACGAGGAACUUGUCUUUGUCUUGCUUCAGCCAGCCUCAGACUCAAGGAAAUUGAGGUCUUUUACUAGCUUCGUCCAGGAAUUACUCACUCAUUUGCCCCGAGAUCGGUUUGUGGCUUUGAUUAAUGAGAAACGCCAGAAAAGUGCCAUAUUUGCCAAGUUCUAUGAGGCCCUGAGGAGUCCAGAAUUCAAAACAAAAUGCGAAGCAGCUUGGACCACAGCAAACGUACAGGGCGUGAUUCGUGAACUCUCAGGACAUCAAAUCAAUGCACAGGAUCUCAAAACAAUUGGCUACGAUGUCAUCUCCUGGGGUCCAGCCACGUUCCGCAUGGCCAAGUCUUUCGGCCAAACCAUAUGGGCCAAUCGCUCCGCGGCCACGCAGAAGGUCUCGUCCGGAACGGUGGUGAAGCCGGCCAGCAUUACGCCCAUAGUUAGGCCAGGCAGCUGCAUCGGCGGUGCAUUCAGCCAGACUGGCGGGUCUCGACAGGGCGAAGAUUAUGGGCUGCUCGGCACUCUGCUCCAUAGCCCGGAGGACGUCGGGUGUAAAGACAUUUGCCUGGGAGCAUCCACCGACCAGGACAUUCGGCUUCAACUGCUGAAUGGCCUCCACCAAAGUCAAAAUGGGUUCGUGGUAAUUGGCGAAUUCCAGCAGCUCCUCGGGUAUGCCUUCUCUGCCGAUCACAAUCAGUCCUUGGGCAUCGCAGAACCAUAUCCUCUGCCUGGCGCUGACCUCGUUGAGGCCCUCCCUCUUCAGAUAGGCAAUGCACAAUCGGGCCAUGCCCACAUUCAGAGAGCGCACGCGGCUAUACACUGGAAGUCCACAUCCACGAUGCACUGGCGCUCCCGAUACAUCUCCAGCUGCCUCUUGGCUUUCUGGGCCUCGAAGUCCUGGCAUAGGAUCAAGGCAUGUGUGCCGUACUUCCGGAUAACAGCCAGGGAGUUCUUCAUUGUUUGUGCCCACAUCCAGCACCACACAGAGACAGAAUUUCGGAUGAAUGCCGCUGUAGACAACAUUCUGAUGCAUUACGGAGGUCAGGGCGGGCAUCUGAUUGACACCCAAGUCCCCGAGACUCUGGACAGAAGCUCCAUUGCUCACCACCAGGUAGCGGACGUACUUUACUGGCCAAUUGCUCAGCACCUGGUGCAUAUGUCCCAUAUCCUUAAUGGUGAUGUACAAGACCUUGCCAAACGAAAACAGCAUCUUGUGGUACUCGAGCAAAUGCGGAUAGCUGGAGGCAUCUAUCAUGGGCAUGUAGAGUUCGAUAUUGCUCAGCAGAAAACGGUAGAAGAGCCAGCUGUUCGUUUGCGACAAGGUUAUCAGAUCUGGAUAGGAGAUCGCAUCGGAUCGGACCGGAACAUGAAUCGCCAACAACUGUUACUUUUGCUGGUCUGCAUCACGUCCACGGUGGCUCUGCCGAAUUUCUCGAACGAUGAGGAGAGUGCCGAGACGGACUUGAGUGGCAUUGGAUUCGUGAAGCUCGGUGAAUCCGCCAGCGAGGAGAGCGAUGAGAGCGAUGGUCAGGCCAAUGCCUCCGACGAUCUGAUCUUUCUGAGUCGAAAGAAGCCGAAUCCCGUCAACCAAACCGUCGACUUGAGCGGCUUUAUUGCUUUGAUUCCAUUGCGUGAAGUGCAGUCCAUAGCUGCCCAUUAUUACCACCACGAUGCGGAGUUCCAGAGGGCGUAUGCCUUCCUGGCUAGCAGAGAUUUUGCGGAUAUCAAGCGAAAGAUUCUGCAGCUGCCAGAGGUCUUGGAGUUGACGGAUUACCUCGGUGCCCAGGGCUUGGAUGUGGUCAAGGCAAUUCAGUCAGUGGCAGAUGUGUUUAAGCCGGAAAUAUUGGAAUCUAUCACCGUCAACGUGCCACCCAAAUCCAUAACCAAUGAGGAGGGCAGCUCCACCACCACCCGGGAGCCAUUGAGCGGCCUGCAUGGCAUGGUGGACAAUGUCCUCGAGAUCCUGCCGCAGGACCAACUGUGGGCGCUCUUCUUUGAUGAAUUCGAGAGCAACAAACAGUUCGCAGCGGUCGUCGACAGCAUCAGCAGUGCCAAGUUUCCCAAAAUUCUGAACGGUCUUCAGAACUCGCUGCCUCUGCGAAAUCUACUAUUUGUCCUGCACAACAACGGCAUAUAUGUGGAAAGGAUUGUGGAGUCCGUAAAGUCGUAUUUAUCCAUCUCUAGUUUUUAGUAAUUACUUUAGCACGGGCAGCUGAUUUUGUAGGCCAAAGGAAAGGUUAUUUGAAAGAGUUAGACCAUGAUUAAUGUACAAAUAUUCCUACAGCCUCUUUGACACCUUGAAUUCCUAGGCCAUUUCCCCUGUUUAACUUUCUAUAUUUGGCUACAAAAAGCAUACAAAAUCCGGCCCCUUAUUGAGUGUGUAAUAAACGAAGUGAAUCCCUUA